CAGUGGGCGCUAGGACCUGACCGCAGCGCUGCAGUGAAAUGACACGCUGAGAUGUUUACACUAAAGUGCUCGGUAAACCUUCGCGCUGACGAAUCCCCCGGUCCCACCGUAAUGACCACAACCACGUGGUGAAGUCAGUCCUAUAUAAAUCUCUCUCUUCUUCAACCGGCUGCCUUCAGAUGUUUGUGUAUGUUGGCAGAGGGAGCGUUGUUUUCCACCAGCAGGAAUGGAGGAGUGCGUAAACUGAAGGGGAAAACACUUUUGCCUUCUGCUACAUAAGUUUAUCACAUCAUCCAGUUCUCUUUCUGGUUGUUGAGGCGCAUAUGCGUUAGGACGCGUCAGAUCAGUAACGUUUCCUUUUCUUCAGCAUCUGCUGGUGCCAAACGCGCAAGGCGAUGCGCUGUGCAGAGUGAGCGGAGGCUUUCCCCCGGACCUUCUCGUCUUCAAGCAAGUGAAAGGCGGUUUGAAGAGAGUUUGCGGCGCUCGGAUGCGGCGGAGGUGCGCACAAAAACCCCGCAGGCGACGCUUCUGUGCUUUUUAGAACCUCAAUCUUUUCUUAGGGCAUUUAGUAUGGCUAUUAUAGUGUCCCGUGAUUUUGUGUUGAUGAAUGUGCAUCCACAAUGAAGUGAUUUGGAAUGAAGAUCUUAUUUGUUCUCCCUCACAUAACGAAUCUGACUGAUCAUUGCAUGUACAGUAAAAAGAGACGUUUGCCAUUGAUGAUAGCGCGCGCAAGAGCGCAAAGAGUCGAGUUGAGCUUCGCCAGCGAGUCAGUCUCCAGCUAUUUUAUUGAGAUGAUUGGGUUUCUGCUUAACUGAAGUCAUUAAAUAGCGUUUUAAAAGUCGCCUAUGGUAGAAAAACAAACGCACAAAAUGAACUUCGUCUUGAGUCUUCUCCUGACCUUGGAUUUAGCCACGGUGGCCGUCAGUCUAUCCACAUGCAGCACUCUAGACAUGGAUCAGUUCAAGAAGAAACGGAUCGAGGCCAUCCGUGGUCAGAUCCUCAGUAAGCUCAAGUUGAGCAGUCCUCCGGAGAUCUAUCCGGAGCCUGAGGAGGUGUCCCGGGACAUCAUCGCCAUCUAUAACAGCACACGGGACCUGCUGCAGGAGAAAGCCAACGAGCGAGCGGCCACCUGCGAGAGGCAGCGCAGCGAGGAGGAGUACUACGCCAAAGAAGUGCACAAAAUAGACAUGCAGCCCUUCUACCCUGCCGAAAAUGUCAUCUCUCCAAACCAUUACAACCCGUACUUCAGGAGACUGAUGUUUGACGUGAGCUCCAUGGAGAAGAAUGCCUCGAACCUGGUGAAGGCCGAGCUCAGGAUUUUCAGACUGCAGAACCCAAAGGCUCGUGUGUCUGAACAGCGCAUUGAGCUUUACCAGAUUUUAGUUCAUAAAGACCUCACGUCACCCACACAGCGCUACAUUGACAGCAAGGUGGUGCGCACCAGUACUGAGGGGGAGUGGCUGUCCUUCGAUGUGACGGAGGCCGUCAGUGAGUGGCUGCUACACAGAGACAGAAACAAUGGAUUCAAGAUCAGUCUGCACUGUCCCUGCUGCACAUUUGUGCCAUCAAAUAAUUACAUCAUCCCCAACAAGAGUGAAGAGCUGGAGACACGCUUUGCAGGUAUAGAUGACAGCUUUGUGCAUGGUGGGGAUCUGAAGAUUUUUAAGAAGCGCAGACACAGUGGCCAGUCUCCACAUCUGCUGUUGAUGCUGCUUCCAUCGUUCCGUCUGGAGUCCCAGCACAAGAGCCACAGACAGAAACGAGCACUGGAUGCAGCCUACUGCUCCAGGAAUGUGCAGGACAACUGCUGUUUACGCUCUCUCUACAUCGACUUUAAGAAAGAUCUGGGCUGGAGGUGGAUCCAUGAACCCAAAGGCUAUAACGCGAACUUUUGCGCAGGAGCCUGUCCAUAUCUGUGGAGCGCUGACACCCAGCACAGCAAUAUCCUCGGCCUCUAUAACACUAUUAAUCCAGAAGCUUCUGCAUCUCCAUGCUGUGUGUCUCAGGAUCUGGAGCCCCUCACAAUACUCUACUACAUCGGCAAAACGCCCAAGAUUGAGCAGCUCUCCAACAUGAUUGUCAAGUCCUGCAAGUGCAGCUAGAACUGAUCAGCUCCCUGUUUACCAAUAUGCAUUCACACAAACAAACACACACUAACUUGCGUCAAGGUACAAUAGAGUUAAUGCCAGUUCCUUUAAGUACACACCCUUGCAAACACACACCCAUCUAGAUUGUGUGUGGAUGGGUGUACAUUUGCUGGAAAACGGGCCCUGUCAUCAUGCGUCAUAUCACCCGAUCAUCACUCUAUGGAUGUGAGUUUGGCAAACACUGGAAGUAUGUGAUAGGUGUCUAUUUGUGAAGCAAGCGGAAGAGAAGAUCCCUCGUUCCAACAUUUAUUUAAAACAAAAUCUUCUUUCUGUUCUUUUGUAGUUAUUGUUGUUGUUGAUUUCGUUUCUCUCAAGACUACAGAUCUUCUAUGUUUGACUAUUUGUUAAUGUUAUUAACCCAUUAAUUGAUUACUGGAGGUAAUGACCAGCUUCCCAGGUGACAGAUCACAACAGAAAGAUGGAAAAUCGUGGAGCUGUGUUGGAGAUAACGCAAGCCUCAGAAACACUAGAACUAGCCACCUUAUGUAAAGUGAAAAGGUUCAAGACCAGCAAGUCAUGUUGUUCAUGUUGUUUCAGGCCUGAAGCCCAAAGUGUACUUCGAUUUUGACGCGAACGCUCAGCGUCUUCUUACAGUUGAACGCAAGCCUGUCAAAGUAUACUCCAUGCGCGCUACGACUGCUAUGAGACACUGGACUGUUUAUCUGCAUGAGUUUAGACCCAUAAUGAUGUCUCUUCGUUCAGACUCAAGAAUAUGCAAAUGCAGGUAUCUCCAGACCUUCUCACACAUGCGCUCUUGACUUGCACAUCCACUGUUGUUGUUUUUAACUUCAUGUCCUGAUGUUUACUGGUGAUUACAUCUUUUAGCGCUUCUUUGUGACAGCAAUGGCUCAAAUGUGAGUGUUAUGCAUUGUGGACUCACUAAUUCGUGCAAAUAAGUUCAGGUGCAUGCACAUUCUGUGCGUUCAAAGAUGCGUGGUUAGAAGAAUAGGGCUGUUUGCGUUCAGUGCUAGAGCACUCUGCUGAUGACAAGAUUUGUGUCAUGUGUCCAGUUCGCAGAUGCUGAGAGUUCACGCCUGACCGAAGUAUACUUUGGGCUUUAUUCUGAAGUCUGAGUGAAGAGUUUAAUUUGCUUAUUUCAUUCUUUACACAAAUACUUCGUAAACAGUCACAAAAAUACCAGCAUGUUCCAAGAAGAAGCACUGGUUAUGAUAGCACACAUACCUGAAAGUUAGUUCAGAAGACGCUGACAAACAGUUCUCUUGACUUGAAUUUGAUUUGAUCAUCAGGGUCCCGUAUCGACCUGACAGAGAAAGUGCUAGCAGGGAUUUAACACAACGGUCAGGGAAUAUUCAUUUUCAUUUUCCCAUUCAUUUUCUUCAUAGACAAAAUACUUGAUAUAACAAUAACGUAAAAACCUUUUCAGACAGACCUGAAGAAAGGUGCUGUGUUAAAGAACUACACUACCCAUAGUACAUAAGAGAGAUUCGGCAAUCAGAGAAAUUGCUGUUUCCAUGGAAACAAGAACUACACCAAAACAACUCCGUAACAACCACCUCAGUGAGUGAAUCGCUGAUGACGUAAUCGAGUCAGCCUCCCAACACUCUCAAAAUUCAUAUACACCGAUGGACCGAAACAUUAUGACCACUCACAGGUGAAGUGAAUAACAUUGAUCAUCUCCUAACAAGGUCUGAGUAGAUUAGAAGGCGAACAAUUAGAUUAGAUAGAUUAGAAGGCCAAAUUGUUAGCGCCAGACGACUGGGUCAGAACAUCUCUGAAAUAGCAAGGAUUAUGGGGUGCUCCCGGUCAGCAGUGCUGAGUACCUACCGACAGUGGUCUGAGGAGGGAAAUACCACAAACCAGCUACAGGGUGUUGGGCGCCCAAGACUCAUCGAUGCAUGAAGGCAACGAAGGAUAUCCCAUCUGGUCUACUGUGGCACAAGUCACAGAAAAUGUUAAUGAUGGUUACAGGAGGAAUGUGUCUCAACACCCUGUGCAUCACUUCCUGCUGUGUAUGUUGCUGUGUAGCCGCAGACUGGUCUGAGUGCCUAUGAUGACCCCUGUCCACCAUCUAAAGCACCUACAACGGGCACACAAGCGACAGAAAUGGACCUUGGAGCAGUGGAAAAAAUCUUGCCUGAUAAGUCCCAUUUUCUUUUACAUCACGUGGAAGGUUGUGUAUGCGUGCGCUGCUACCUGGGGAAGUGAUGGCACCAGGAUGCACUGUGGGAAGACGACCAGCUGAUGAAGGGAGUGUGAUGCUCUGGGCAAUGUUCUGCUGGGAAACCCUGGGUCAGGCCAUUCAAGUAGACGUCAAUUUGACACUUACCACCUACCCAAACAUUGUUGCAGACCAGGUAUACCCCUUCAUGGCAAUGGUAUUCUCUGAAGGCAGUGGCCUCUUUCAGCAGAAUAAUAAUAAUUUGAGGAACAAGAUGAAGAGUUCAAGGUGUUGCCCUGGCCUCCAAAUUCCCCAGAUCUCAAUCCGAUUGAGCAUCUGUGGGAUGUACUGGACCAACAAGUCCAAUCCACAGCAGCUCCACCUCACAACUUACAAGACUUGAAGGAUCUGCUGCUAAUGUCUUGGUAACAGAUACCACAGGACAACUUCAGGGGUCUUGUAGAGGCCAUGCCUCAGUAGGUCGGCGCUGUUUUGGCGGCACGUGGAGGACCGAUAGCAUAUUUGGCAGGUGGUCAUAAUGUUAUUGCUCAUCAGUGUAUAUUUGUAUGCAUCUGAAUAUUUUGCAGUAAACUUAAAAUAUGUUUAUAUUUACAGUCAAUGACUUUAAGACAAUAGUUUUGUAUUGUACUGUCAUUUUUUUAUUCGAUUACGCCAUUCGCUGUGCUUCAUGAGAUGCGUACACAGACUUAUACCUUUGUCUUUUUCUCCUAUUUUCAAAUACGAUUCUGCUUCUUAUCAAAUGUUGUAAUGUUGCGAUUCAUGAUCUCUGAGUUAGUUUGUUUGAUUCAUUGAUUAGAACGCUUUACUGAAAAAGUUUCUUGAAAUGCCUAUGGAGAAAAUGAAUGAGAAAAAUACUUUUGAAUAUAAAGCAGCUGAAAAAGUGUCACUGUUGCGCUCUAUAGCAGAAUGAAGUGAUGUCAUCAUGCUGCUACAGAGACCGAGGUGAUGACAGGUGACAUGAGAAGAGAGAGGGCUAAAGUGUCAUUAAGGUCAUAGACUAUAAUAAUGGAAGAUUUUGAAGAAUGAAAAUAUAAUGGACAGGUAGCGUAAGUGAAGGACGAGUAAAACCCUGUGUGUUGUGUGUUUAACAUGAGGCCAGAUUCACAAAUGCACUGCAGCAGCUUCAAAUGCUGUAUGUUUAUCAUUGAGAAACUUUCUGUAACACAUCUCAAACUGCCUUCCUGAAUUUGUGAUAUUCACUGCAAUAAAAACAAUUCUUAAUCAGUUUUUUUUUUUGUGUGUCUAGUAAAAAUAUCUAAACAUCAUUAAAACAAGAUAAGCAAAAACAAAACUAGAUGAUGCAUUCAAUAAAAAAAUGUGUGGAGUUCAUGCUUAAAACAAGAAUAUUUGUUCUUAAAAAAAGAAAACUGAAUUCUCUAAAAAGGUCUGAUUAUUUUACAGUUUUGCUUCUCAUGUAAAUGUAUCUUAGUUGAAGGAUGUUUAGAUAUUUUACUGGUAAAACAAGACAGAAAAUACUGAUUAAAUUAAUGUUUCAGGUUCAGUCAUGUUAAGCUCAAUGGACAACAUUUGUGGCAUAUGUUGGUUACCAAAAAAUAUAUAUUUUGAAUUCUCCCUCAUUUAUUUAAGAGCAAGCAAAAUAAUCAAGGUUACAUUAAGGCACUUACAAUGGAAGUGAAUGGGGCCAGUCAUUAACACUGAAAUACAUUUACAUUUUACAUUUACAUUUAUGCAUUUGGCAGACGCUUUUUAUCCAAAGCGACUUACAGAGCAAUUAUUACAGGGACAAUCCCCCCGGAGCAACCUGGAGUUAAGUGUCUUGCUCAAGGACACAAUGGUGGUGGCUGUGGGGAUCAAACCAGUGACCUUCUGAUUACCAGUUAUGUGCUUUAGUCCACUACGCCACCACCACUCCGUACUUCAAAUACACAUUGUUUCAAAAGUAUAGACACAAGACAUACACAUUAUCCUUGUUAACAUGAUUUUACUGUGAUAAAAUCAGGGAUUUACUGGUGUUACGCCAUUUACCACAUUACAGGGUUUAUGGGUGUUACACCAUCAUGACAACGCAGUUGUCAAUUUGGAUAUUACUUUACAUAGAUAAGGUUAGCAAGUGAUUUUUUAACACUUAAAUCAUGUUAACACAUAUAAUGUUUACAUCUUGUGGCUAUACUUUUGAAACAGUGAGUAUUUAAAUGUUUAUGGACUCUUUCACUUCCAUUUUAAGUGCCUCUCUGUAACCCUUUUUAAUUAACAAUUAAUAUCAUUAAAAAAAAUGUUUUGCGCUAAUCAACAUUAUGCUAAACAAGAUCACAUUUGAGCUUAACUUGAACCCAGAACACUUGUUAAGAAAAAGUUUUUUGCAUUGUUUUCUCUUGGAGGAAAAGAGAUCCUUUGUUAUGAAGAAUUGCACUGACUCUUUUAUUUCUACUUUUUUUUGUUUAUUUGUAAAUUUUGUUUGUUUUUUAUUUGUAGUUAAAGCUUCACCCACAUAACAUGAGCUGAUGAUAUGAGAGGCGUCCAGGUGGAGGUUUCCCUUUAACUAGUCCUUUUCUAAACUAGUUUAAGAGGUAAAACUGGUCUUAGAUCAGUUUAAAAUGGCAACCUUUACCUAUGCCCAGGACUUUUAGGUGACAUUUAUUUUAGGGUAAUAGCGCCAGUGGACUUCCUGGAGACACAGGAAGCGGAAUGAGACACCAGCAUUGUCACACUAGAGCUCUUUAUUGUUGUCUAUGAUGAUGAUGAUGAUGAUGAUGUCGAUAUUGUUGACCCACUACGAUGUAUUAUAACACAUUACUGUUGUGGUGCUCUAGUGGCAAAUAAAUUAUUUAAGU